AUGCGCGCUUUUGAGCCCACUAUGACGUCGCAGAUGGAUAUAUUCCUCCGCCAGCUUCUUAUCUCUAGCGAGAACGACGAGACGAUCAAUAUGACAACUAGGUGUCAACGGCUAGCUGCAGAUGUUGUUGGUCUGCUCGCCUUUGGCUACGAGCUGAACACACAGACGGCGGAUACCAACAUCAUCAUCCCCGAUGCUAUGAAAGCCAACAGUUAUCGGAUCAGCUUGUACAUGACAUGGCCGACUAUUAGACUGAUGGACCCCGUAUUCCGAUGGCUAGGUCGUAAGAAGACCCCUAAGUGGUAUGUGCUCCGAAGCAUGAUCGGGCGGCGUAUGAGCAUGCCGCGAGACGCAGCGCACGAUCUCUACGCCGUCGCAUCAGGGGAUAUCACAACUAGUGGCGAGCGUGGCCUCCGAGGUACCGAGCUAUGGUCAGAGGCGUCGUUCUUUAUCAUGGCAGGUGGCACCACCGUAGCAACGCUUAUGAGCGCCAUCUUCUUUUACCUCUCUCGACACGCAGACGUUUACACACGCCUGGCUGACGAGAUUCGCACGGCCUUCUCCUCAGGCCAGGCCAUCAAAAGCGGCCCGCAGCUGAGCUCGUGCAAAUACCUCCGCGCCGUCAUCGACGAGACCAUGCGCGUUUCUCCCCCGACCACCGCAACGCCCUGGCGCGAGGAAGAUAUCUACUCGGCGACGCCGGCGCCCGCGCCGUCAGACGGGAGCCCGUUCCUCGUCGACGGCCACGCGAUCCCGCGCGGCACGGCCGUCGGGGUCAGCCUGUACAGCCUAAUGCAUAACGCGGCGUACUUCCCGGAGCCGUUCGCGUUCCGGCCCGAGCGGUGGCUCGACGCGGACAGCGCCUUCGACGAGGCGACGCGAGCCACGAUGCGUCGCGCGCUCGCGCCCUUCGCGCUGGGCGACCGCGGCUGUGCCGGAAAGGCCAUGGCGUACCUGGAGACGAGCCUGGCGGUCGCCAAGGCGCUGUGGUAUUUUGACUUCCGGACGGCCGAGGGGCCGGCGGGGCGUGUGGGGGGAGGGUCGCCUAGGAGAGGUUGGAGGGGUCGUGUGGAUGAGUAUCAGCUGUACGAUAUUUUUACGGCGGACCAUGACGGGCCGAACGUGGUGUUUAAACCACGCGCUGGGGCGGCGAAAAGUUCCCAAGAAAUAGUAGACGCAUUGAAUUUUCUGAAGCGAUAA